GCGCCAUGUGGUCCCAAGAUAAUGUCGUGCGGCUGAUUUUCUUGAUCCUGCUAAUGAGCAAGAGAGUAAGUUCAAAGGAGCCUCAGUGUUCCUCCUUUCAUUACGAAGAGCAGUUGUUGUCAAAAAUGAUCCGAAUGGAAAUAGCGAUGGAACAACAACAAAAACGAGUAAAUGACGCUCUGGAGAAAAUGUCACAAACUAUUGAACUAUUCAAAACGAACGCAAUUGAAAAAGAAAACCAAAUGUUUGACAGGAUCAGGGAUGCUCUUGAAAGUGCUGAUACCAAAAUGGUGAAUUUCUCUAAUAGGACACAAUUACUUGAGGACAACCUAAAGAACGCGACCAACGACUUCGCUCAGGAUUCUAAACUGCUGAGUACGACAUUGACUCAAAAUGUAUCUGAAGCAAUCGGAUAUCUGCAUACGUUAGAAGAGAAAGCCGGAACACCAACGAUUGCAUUUGAAGCAAAGGUCUUAAAGGAUCUGAGUGUGUCAUCGAAUAUACAUCUAGUAUUCACAGAGGCCGUGUUCAACCAUGGUAACGGAUAUGACGUCAGAACUGGCGUGUUCACCUGCCCCCUCAACGGCACGUACUUGUUCACGUCACAUCUCUGUAGUGCCUCUAGCAAUGGCAUUGGCUUCAGCUUAGUGGUGGACGACACUGCUCAUACUAGUGGGCACGUUUAUGGGAGCAGUUCUUACCAUUGUACGUCGUUUGAUGUUAUUGCGAUAUUGCAAGUUGCGAGCAGGGUGUGGAUUCAGAUAAAUGGUUAUGGGGGUAGUUUUCCAACAUGGUGA